CCUUGUCGGCAGACAUCUCCUGGUGCAGCCAUGGGUAUCUCGAGGGACUCUCGGCACAAGCGCCGCGAGACCGGCGGACGGCGCUCCAAGUACAGGAAGAAGAGGAAGUUCGAGAUGGGGCGCCCCGCGGCCAACACCAAGCUCGGCCACAAGCGCGUCCACCCCGUGCGUUGCCGCGGCGGCAACAUGAAGUACCGCGCGCUCAGGCUCGACAGCGGCAACUUCAGCUGGGGAACGGAGGUGUGCACCCGCAAGACCCGUAUCCUCGACGUCGUCUACAACGCCAGCAACAACGAGCUGGUCCGUACGAAGACCCUUGUCAAGAACGCCAUCGUCGUGGUUGACGCCCACCCCUUCAAGCACUGGUACGAGAACCACUACGGUGUCGUCAUCGGGCUCAAGAAGGGCAAGAAGGCGGCCCCCGUGGAAGAGGAGGCCGUGGCCAAGUCUGACCACGUAAAGCGCAAGCUGGCCAAGCGCCAGACGGACCGCACCCUGAGCACGCUCCUCGACGAGCAGGUGGCGUCUGGCCGCUUCCUCGCGUGCAUCUCUUCUCGCCCCGGCCAGUCCGGCCGCUGCGAUGGCUACAUCCUGGAAGGCAAAGAGCUCGAGUUCUACCAGAAGAUGCUCGCCAAGAAGAAGUCGAAAUAAAUCACACGAUGACGACCCCCUUUGAGAUCGCGCAACGACCCGAAGCAAUCUGUAGCAGUAGGAACGUGCGAGGUUUGGCGCCAUCGUUUUUGUUGAUUUCGGCACUUGCGAGGCGUUUCUCCAUGUUGCGUGCUUACGUACGUUUGAUUGGGCCUUUUGUGCGGUGGGCGGGGAAGGUUGUGUGAUGAGGCUCCCACAAGCGGCAGUUUUUACCGCUGCUGGUGGUGUGGACAGCGCUACAAGCCUGAAGUAACUGUAGCUUGUAGCGUGGGACACGAAAAGACAUGCGACAGGGCAACAAAUGAAACCGGGCAACACAGAAACAUG